AAUACGCAGAAAUGUUGCGUGACUUAGGUUCGACUCAAUUGUGGCUCGAUUGUAACUAAUAAAGACGUAACACAAACAUGGCCGCUCUGGAUUUUCGAUGAAAUAAACAGUCGUGGUUUGGUUAGUUCUUCGUGUGUUUCGUCACAAUCUGCCUCAGAACUAAAUUGGUUUCACCAUUGCCAAUCUCUGGUUCGCCUUCUGUCAUCAUUGGCAGUACACCAAAAACAUAUAAACGACAAUGAACAAAGAACAAAACUUAUGACGAAACAAAAGUAUGCGUGGAACACAACAUACAUGGAUUGCAACGUUUAACAGCAUCUAAACCAAAGUGGAAGUGAAGACACAAACGGACACACAUGUAUAAACAACACAAAACAUGGCCUUCUCGAACGCGAGCACUACUCAGUUUGAAAACUUAAAAAAAACAUCUGGAGGUUAUUAAAAACUACUCCAUUCAGAAUAUGACUGUCUUCACAAUGCUUCAAGCGCUCAAAGUAUGGCCGUACAUCACAAAACAAAGCUACAUUAAUGCUACAAACAACCGAGCACUCAAAUACACAUGGCAAGACAGCACGUUUUGAACUCGUGGACUGGGGACUAAAACAAUGUCUGCGCAUAAUCUCCAUCGUAGCCGCUGUGCGGUUCCAUUGCAACGUCGAUGCAAGAUGGCGUCUUCUCAAGAGAGUCGUUUACAUUAAGCUAAUCGCACAUCUUUUGUCUUUGUAUUCGGCUGAGGAGUUUCAGAUUUAGGACGACAAAAAAUGAUCUUUAAUGAGUAGCGACUCUUUCCUACAAGCGUUUGGUCUAUUUUGCAGUAUGUGAUCGUGAACUGGACUUAAUGAUUGUACACGUUCGGUUGUCAUGGAACAUUGUGGACAGUACACAAUUCUUGGCAAUAUCGGCGAAGGAGCUCAUGGAAUUGUCUUCAAAGCUAAGCAUAUCGAGAGUGGAGAAGUUGUUGCUUUAAAGAAAGUUCCUUUGAGAAAACUGGAAGAUGGGAUACCAAACACUGCUCUGAGAGAAAUCAAGGCACUUCAAGAAAUAGAAGAAAAUCAAAAUGUUGUGAAGUUGAUUGACGUGUUCCCUUAUGGGACGGGAUUUGUGCUGGUGUUUGAGUACAUGCUCUCUGAUUUGUCUGAAGUUCUGCGCAAUUCAGCCAGACCAUUGACUGAGGCCCAGAUCAAAAGCUACAUGUUAAUGUUGUUGAAAGGAGUGGUGUUUUGUCAUGAAAACUCUAUAAUGCACAGGGACUUGAAGCCUGCAAACUUGCUCAUCAGUUCCACCGGGCACCUGAAGAUAGCCGACUUUGGUCUUGCAAGAGUCUUUUCCAAUGAGGGCAACAGACUGUACAGUCAUCAGGUUGCUACAAGGUGGUACAGAGCACCAGAACUACUCUAUGGAGCAAGACAGUAUGACGAAGGAGUUGAUCUUUGGGCAGUUGGGUGUAUUUUUGGAGAACUUCUUAACAACUCGCCUCUAUUUCCAGGUGAAAGUGAUAUUUCACAGCUUUUAUGUGUGCUCAGAGUGCUAGGAACACCGAGCCAAGGGCAGGGAAUGACAGAACUGCCAGACUACAACAAAAUUGUGUUCCCAGAGAUGCCGCCCAUCCCACUUGAGAACAUUGUACCUGACGCCUCACCAGAGGCGGUUGAUUUGCUCAAACGGUUCUUGGUGUAUCAUUCCAAGGAGAGGAUUUCUGCAGCAGAGGCUUUGCUUCAUCCAUAUUUCUUCACGGAACCUCUUCCAGCUCACCAUUCUGAACUACCAAUCCCAGCACGCAAUGCCCGCAAGACAUCAGGACGAGGCCCGUUACGUCGCGCGUUUGACAUUGAUGUUCCCUUGGAGAAAUCUCUUGUCAACCCAGCAUUACUAGUGCAUAAUGUUGUUGGCAUGCCUAACUUUCAGCCAUAAGGUUAAUACCGUGCAACCUUGCGGUCAAAUAUUUCAAAUGUGUUUGGGAACUCCGUGUAAAAUUACCUUUAAAUUGAAGGAAACUUGAAAAUAAUAGUUUACUAAAAUAGAAAAACACUAAAGAGAUAAUAAUAAACCAUAAAGGAAUAGGGAUUGUUAAGGACGGAGAAGAUUAACACAAAUUACAAGCGACGAACGUUAAAAAUUUAGGUGGAACUUUUCAAGAUGCGCAAACCAUCACGUAGCUCUUUUAAUACCGCACUGGAUUUUACAAAAGUUGUAUGUAAUACAUUUAGAUCGCUCAGAGAGCAAGUAAACCGUCGGUUUACGUCAGAUCCCCAAACGAGCAACGACAAUCAGCGAUGGGAGCUCAAACUCGCGCUCCCAGUUUCGCGCUAACUCCUAUGCACUCUUUUUUGACUCUUUUCCUUACCCUCGAAUCCAAAGCUGCUGUUGCCGUAUGGACGUUUCUGAAACUUGGUAGUCGUUACGCAAAUCAGUCGAAGACGCAGCAACCAAUGAAAGACAGGCAAAGUACAAGCAAUAUGUCCUUUAUUUAAAGUAGUUCAUACCAUACAGUCAAUCUCUACCAAAUAUUGCAAAAACAGGUACAAAAGCUAGAUCUGUGGCCAACUGGCAACGCAUGCCAUCGUUAAAUGUAAUCUGUGAUUCAGUGUUUUUCGUCAGCUUUAUGAAGGAUUUUCUCUACCUACAAAUGUAUUAAAAUGUGUAUUGUAUAGGUA